ACGAUAUCAAAAGCUUGGAUGUGAUAUUGAGAAAUUAUUUUAUUAUAUAAUGACGAGCAUUAUACAUAGUAAUACAUUAAAAAAUUCGGCUACUCUCAAUUGUGACGGUAAAACAACGAUAGUUGAAGCAGACAGAAAGGAAAAUUUGAACGGAUAUAAUUUAGUGCGAUUGUUAAAGAAUACGUACGAUAAAAGAUUGUUUCAUAAUGAUUUUGAUACAUGGACAAUAGAAGAACAAUACAACUGGGUAGACAAAAAUCUUUCAAAAUUCUAUCCAAAUGUGCCUGAGACUUUGUUGGGAUAUAUACCGGCUUCUUUUCGACAACUUGAUCGAUCGUCGUUGAAAGUGCCUGAAUGGUUGGACUUGGAUAAAUAUCGUAGAGGACAAAAAUUUGUACGUGAGAAUUACGUCCCAAUUAUUAUUACUAAAUUAAUAGGCCUCAUUCACGUGUAUUCAUUCAAUGAUGCCUUAAAACCAGUUAUUAUAGGAAGACGUGGUCACACGCCAUUUUUAGGAUUCGAAAGAUAUCAAUCGGUAAUAAAACGAAUAUUCAAUUGGUAUAACGGAGAACCAUGGAUUAAGGGAUCACAAGCUUACAAAGAUAUGCAAAUUGCGCAUAAAAUGCAUUUAAUGAUGGGAAGAAAAUUAUGUCAAGAUGAUAAUGAGCAAAUCGAUACUAUGUCUAAAAUUGCGGAGCCAUGGUGCCCCGACCGUGAAAUACUUCUCAAAGAUUUUGCCAUGGCUUGUCCAUUUAAAAAACUUGACCAACAGCCUUUUAUUAUGAUGAGCGAAUCACCAUAUAGACCAAAAGGAAUAAAUAAUAUGGAUCUGGCGAUGGUACAAGGGGCUUUCGUUGGUAUGAUUUUAUUAAGACCGCGAGAUAUUGGAGUUCAUAAUGCGAUCGAUAAAGAUAUAGAGGCCUUCUGUCAUAUGUGGAGAUGCUAUGGAUAUUAUCUCGGAUUGGAAGACGAGUACAACUUUUGCCGUGGUACUUUGAAAGAAAUAAAACAACGCACAAGAGAUUAUUAUCAAUAUUGGAUAACGUCUAAUUUAAAAAAUAUUACGCCCGAAUGGGAGCACAUGACAAAAUGUAGCAUCGAACCAAUGAAUUUUUAUCCUUUCAUAUAUAUGCCUUAUAAAACAAUGGUCUUAAUUGCUUCAGAUUUAUUAGAUCUAAAUAUGCCACAUUUACAUGCAUCUCUAAGUUUUUCAGAAUGGAUCGCUUAUAAAGUAUAUAAAUUUAUAUUGCAACAUGCGUUGAAAUUAUCUAUCGUAAGAUAUUUUUUUAACAAAUUUGUAAUUCGUAUACUAAAAAAGGCGGCAAAUUAUGACUCGGAAAAGAAAGCAGAACUUCAAGAAAAAUCAAAGAAACUGUUGCACGAAUCUAUUACAGUAUCUGAAUAUUUUAAUAACUAAUAUUUUUUAUAAAUGGGAAAUAAUGAAAUAAAUAGGAAAACACUUUUGUUUUUCGAUUGCUAA